UUGGAGCAAAGGACGCAGCAAACUUUAAAGUUUUAACCUACCAUAUUCCAAACCGAGACUCAGGUAGCAGCAGCGCCCUGACAGCCAGCCAUUCUUAUCCAAAACCCUUGUAAACCCUAAUCGUACUCAUUUCCCAUUCUUUCGCUUAAAGGAGUAGAUGGCCUCCACUUUCACAGCCAUGUCUUCAGUUGGUUCAUUUGUUGCUCCUAAUGGUCGUGCCAUGGAUAAGAAACUUGCGUCUUCUUCGAACAGAUUGUCAUCUUUUGCUUCCAUUUCUUCAACUGCUUUUGGUAUGAGACAGAAUGUUGUUCUUAGGAGAACACGCCUGCCCAAGAUUUCUGCGGCAAAAGAGCUACAUUUCAACAAGGAUGGCUCAGCUAUAAAGAAAUUGCAAACCGGUGUAAACAAACUUGCUGAUCUGGUUGGGGUCACUCUUGGACCAAAAGGCAGGAAUGUUGUCCUAGAAAGCAAAUAUGGCUCCCCGAAAAUUGUUAAUGAUGGUGUGACAGUGGCCAAGGAGGUUGAGUUGGAGGAUCCAGUUGAGAACAUUGGUGCUAAGUUAGUAAGACAGGCAGCUGCUAAGACAAAUGACUUGGCUGGUGAUGGAACGACAACAUCAGUUGUUCUCGCACAAGGUCUGAUUGCUGAAGGUGUCAAGGUCGUGGCAGCUGGUGCAAACCCUGUCUUAAUCACCAGGGGCAUCGAGAAGACCACAAAAGCUUUAGUAUCUGAGCUUAAGGCUAUCUCAAAAGAGGUUGAAGACAGUGAACUUGCAGAUGUGGCAGCUGUUAGUGCUGGGAACAAUUAUGAAGUAGGGAAUAUGAUUGCUGAGGCCAUGAGUAAAGUGGGUCGAAAGGGUGUGGUUACCCUUGAGGAGGGAAAAAGUGCUGAAAAUAGUCUCUAUGUUGUUGAAGGAAUGCAAUUUGAUCGGGGUUAUAUUUCACCUUAUUUUGUUACCGAUGGUGAGAAAAUGGCAGUAGAAUAUGAGAACUGCAAGUUGCUACUUGUUGAUAAGAAAAUAACAAAUGCAAGAGAUCUUGUCAACAUCCUAGAAGAUGCUAUUAGAAGUGGAUACUCAAUUUUGAUAAUUGCUGAAGAUAUUGAACAGGAAGCUUUAGCAACUCUGGUUGUGAACAAGCUUAGAGGGGCUCUGAAGAUUGCUGCUCUCAAAGCUCCUGGCUUUGGAGAGCGCAAGAGCCAGUACCUUGAUGACAUUGCUAUUCUUACUGGUGGUACUGUUAUCAGAGAUGAGGUCGGGCUUUCCUUGGACAAAGCUGGCAACGAGGUCCUCGGCCAUGCUUCUAAGGUAGUGCUUACCAAGGAUACAACAACCAUUGUGGGUGAUGGAAGCACCCAGGAAGUUGUAAACAAACGAGUUGCGCAGAUUAGGAAUCUUAUUGAGGUUGCAGAGCAAGACUAUGAGAAGGAAAAACUUAAUGAAAGGAUUGCUAAAUUGUCUGGUGGUGUAGCAGUGAUACAGGUUGGAGCUCAAACUGAAACAGAGCUUAAAGAAAAGAAAUUGAGAGUGGAAGAUGCUCUUAAUGCAACGAAGGCAGCAGUUGAGGAAGGUAUCGUUGUUGGUGGUGGAUGUGCUUUGCUAAGACUUGCUUCUAAGGUGGAUUCUAUCAAAGGUUCCCUUGAUAAUGAUGAAGAACAGGUUGGAGCAGAUAUUGUCAAAAAAGCCUUGAGUUACCCUCUAAAACUGAUUGCUAAGAAUGCUGGUGUUAAUGGAAGUGUAGUGAGCGAGAAGGUGCUCUCCAGUGAUAACCCUAAGUAUGGGUACAAUGCUGCCACUGGAAAAUAUGAGGAUCUUAUGGCUGCAGGAAUUAUCGAUCCAACCAAGGUGGUCAGAUGUUGCUUGGAGCAUGCAUCCUCUGUGGCUAAGACAUUCUUGAUGUCCGAUUGUGUGGUUGUGGAGAUAAAGGAACCUGAGGCCGUGCCUGCUGGCAACCCCAUGGAUAAUUCAGGAUAUGGCUACUAAAGCAGCAGAUAUAGGAAGGAAGGAAAGCGAAUAAGUCAUCAUCCAGUCUCCAGGGUACCAAAAAUUGAUCAUGUUUGAGAGUCGAGUGCAUAUUUUCUUUGUAAAUCACUUGCCAGCACGGGAGAAACCAUGGUAUUCUGGUGAGAUAGCUUGCUGGAGUGUACUUCAGUAUACAAUUGCAACAAUUUUUAACAAUUUUUUAGGGUAAGCAAGUUUUGUGUUAAAUUCUCUUGCAAA